UCAUAUUUAUGCAUAUUUACUUAAGCGUAGUCAUAUGUAUAUACAAAUGGAUAUAUAAAUUCAUGCACAUACUCUUGUCCAUAUAUAUGUAUAUAAAAUAUAUGCAAAUAUUUCACACAAAUUGCCGUUAAGCAUUUGUUAAGCGAAUAAAACGUUUAUUACUUCAUGUUUUACAUUUAUGCGACAGCUUAAACAAGCAAUGACAACAACGGGCAAUGUACGCGAGAGAGCAACAACAACAACAUAUGAACUAACGAACAAACGCUAAGUAAAUAAAGUCAAAAGCAAAACAAAUCAGCAAGCAAAUAAUCAUAAAACCGUCAAAAAGGAUAUACAACAACAAAAACCAACAACGGAAAGUGUAUGCUGUAUGGCAGCAGCAGCAACAGCAACAGCAGCUACAACCAUACAAAAAUAAGAAAAAUAUAAACAGCAAGCAAUAACGAUAAAAGCGAAGGCGCACUGCGAACAAAUCCCUUAAAAUCACCACUACACCCAAAACAAACGCCGCCACGCAGCGACACACAAACACACCUACAACGCCCACAAAGCGUGUGAACCGAAAAUUAAAUAAAAACCAAGAACCAAAAAAAAAGGAAAAAAAAAAAAUUAUUGAAAAGCACCAAACUUGGCGGAAAAAAGCGUUUACAGCGGAAAAGGAAACAAGUAAGGAAGAAAACAAACACAAAAUAUACAUAGACUAUGUAUGUAUGCAUUUAUUUGCUAAAAAGCAAGAAGUAGAUAGAUACUCGUAUAUAUGUAAAUAAAUAAAAAUCACAACGAAAAAGUCGCCAAAGAGUGGAGUUCGGAACAUUUCCCGCUGACAUUAACACAAAUGCUUGACAAUUUGUUUUACCAAUUUCCAACAACAACAGCAACAACAAUAGCAAUAACUGUAGUAUUAAUAUUGACUAGCCUUUUAAGGCACCAACAAUAAGCAUAACAACUACAACCAACCACAAGGCUUAGUAUGCGUAUGUAUUUGUGCACGCGGACAUUGUAUAACCGCACGAGUUGAAAGCAGCGGCAGCAGAAUCCUGCGCCACACACAAAAGAAAAUAAAAAAAAAUUGUUUUCACACAGCAGCAGAGCAGCAAAGUCAACAGCACAAUCGUUGUUGUGUCCCCUCGACUCACUAGAGGGCAAGCAGGCGACCGAGUGUGUGGGUGGCCGUUUGUUUGACUUUCAGCCAACAGCUUCCCAUACAUACACAUACAUAUGCAUAUACACACCUACAUAUGAGUAUCCUUGCCGCAGCGCAUCCUGUCGCUUGGGAUUGUGCUUGUUUUUUCGCUUCGAUAGCGUAUAACCGCGCGUAUGUGUGUGUGACCGUGUAUGUCCUGUGACUAUUGUGUGACUCACUUUUGUUAAUAUUUCGCGUAUUCGUUUUGUGUUCACUGUUAACGCAAACAAUUGUCACUGCAUUGCUGGCAGUAAAACAGUUUAACAGUUGAUGUUAACAUAACAGUGUGUUAAUAAUAAACGUAACAUUUCUGUAAACAAAAUGGCAGCCUACACGCAGUUCGGUUAUAAUUAUCCGUCGGCAAAUCAGUUACUCAACGGUGUUGCACAAUCAGCAGCCGCAGCCGCUGCCAUGUCAGCCAACAGCAUUGGUAGCAUUGUCAGCGGCGGCGCGCCUUCACCGCUCUCUGGCGGCGGCAAUGAUGUAUCGCUGAGUCCAUCUGGCGGCUCGUCGUCGACCACAAUUGGCGGCAUUACAACUGCUGGCCCCAUCAGUCCAGGUGCAAUUUCGCAAACAUCAAAUAAUACAAACAAUAAUAACAACAACAACAAUAGCAGCAAUAAAAAUGCGAACUCAGCCGGACUCAGUCUAUUGCACAGCGUUAGCACAGCAAAUGCCAUCGGCUUGAGUUUGAGCCUAAAUGCAGAUGUCAGUGGCAGUGAGGGUGAUGUCGGCUUGGCCAGCAUAGAUAAUGCCGCCGUGUCCGCCGGUGGUGCCAAUGCUCUCAAUGACGGCACUGCGCCCUGCUGUGAGAACGGCCGCCCCAUCAUGACAGAUCCCGUCUCCGGUCAGACAGUCUGCUCGUGCCAAUACGAUUCGGCGCGCUUGGCGCUCUCCAGCUAUACACGCAUGCCCGGCGCUAGCGCGUCGACCGGCGUUGGUGUUGGUGUUGGUGUUUAUGGCACGCCCUAUCCAUCAAAUGAACAAAAUCCUUAUCCCAGUAUUGGCGUGGACAGUUCGGCGUUCUAUUCACCGCUGAGUAAUCCCUACGCCUUGAAAGAAGGCAACGCCGGCUCUGAUAUGUCUGCUUGGACCUCCGCAAGUCUGCAGCCCACAACUGGCUAUUAUUCCUAUGAUCCAAUCGCUGCUUAUGGCUAUGGCUCGAGCUACGACUUGGCGGCACGACGCAAAAAUGCCACACGCGAGUCCACCGCCACGCUCAAAGCUUGGCUAAGCGAACACAAAAAGAAUCCCUACCCCACCAAGGGUGAGAAGAUUAUGUUGGCCAUUAUAACGAAAAUGACGCUGACACAGGUCUCCACUUGGUUUGCGAACGCACGGCGACGACUGAAGAAGGAGAAUAAAAUGACUUGGGAACCGAAAAAUAAGACCGACGAUGAUGAUGAUGCAAUGCUGUCGGAUGAUGAGAAGGAGAAGGAUGCUGACGAGUUGGACAAGUUGAAUGGUAGUGAUGGCGUUGGUGGUGUGUACGGCGGAGCGGGCGCUAUGGGUGGUGGUGAUUUGAGAAAAGAUGAUUCCAUUGUUAAGUCCGAACUGCUGGCGAAGGAAGACAAAAUGGAUGGCUGCGCUUUGGAUGAGGUGAAAUAUGGCGACAUGCCCGCCCUACGCAGUAUGGGUGGUGUUUACAACUCACCCUACGCCCAACAUCCCAGCUACCAUCCCUACCAACAGCAAGCACACGCUUCCUCUUAUUACCAACAACAACAUCAGCAGCAGCAACAGCAGCAACAACACGCAGCUAGCAUGUCCUAUGGCUCGCUGAAUCCAAUGAACGCUGCCGAUGAGUAUAACGCAUCAAAAAACCUGCUGCGUGCGGCGGACUGUGGUAUACCGCUCCCAGCGAGCAAACCCAAAAUUUGGAGUUUGGCGGACACGGUCGGCUGCAAGACACCGCCACCUCCGCCGCCGCCGCCGUUGGCCAACUUACCGCCACCACCACCAACAACAGCAGCAAUACAAAUGGCUACGUACCAGCAGCAGCAUCAGCAGCAGCAACAACAACAGCAAUCGCUAUUGAUGCAGAGUCGUUCGCAGCAGUAUUAUCAACAAAUGACGCCGCAUUUGCAGCAGCUCAGUCAGCUCGCGCCAGCGCACAGCAGCAGCAGCAGCAACAACAAUUCGACAUCGCUGAGUAUGACGAGCGGUUACGUCGGCGCAUUGCCUUAUUCGCGCAUACCUACGGCGUACGCGGCAGUUGGCAACGGCAGCAACAGCAACAACACUAUCAACAGCAGCAACAACAGUUUUCUCAAUCUCAGUACCAGCAGCAGCAGCAGCAGCACCAACCCCAGCGGCAGUAUUGGCAGUGGCAGUAGCCAUAGUAGCGCAUCCACGCCACCAACCAUGGCGCAUGGGCCACCGCUGCUAACAGCACAGCAAUAUCAUCAGCUGCAACAACAACAGCAGCAGCAACAACGUCUGGGUUUUGCCGAAAUACAGCCGGAUACACCGCCACAAACGCCGCCCAAUAUGAAGUUAGCGAAUGGCGGUAGCAACGCCAGCAGCGGUGGUGCCAGUGCUGCUCUCAAUCAGCUAGCACGUAGUGGAUUAAUGACAAUGCCAGCGGGUAGUGCAGCAAGCUUGUGUUAUGGCAGCAGUGGUAAUGGCAUAGGCGGCAGCGCGCAAUCCCCUUAUGGCGCGGGUAAUGCUCUGAGCGUCGGUAUUAACUAUGCGCUGGCAGCGGCACGUGCGGAAGGUUGAACGGCGUAGAGCGAGCUCAAAUAAAAUUUAUAAUGGGAAAUGUGCAACAACAAAAUAGUGUAAAAAUUUUAAAAUAAAGUGAUUCCUGAGAAGCGGAAGCAGCUCGCACUAGAUUUUUCAAUUAAUUUUCAUUUAACAAAUAUACAAAUUUUUAAAUAACAAUAAGCGGCAAAUCUGACUGCCGUCACACUUUAAGCGCGCUAAUUAUUUAGCAAUAAAAACGUCGUAAUUUGAGUAAACAGCAAUAAAGAGUGUUUAUUGCAUUUGGCGGACGCGUAAAAAACGUCGUACGCCGAGAGCAAAAUACGCUUGAGCAGUGAAAAACAAGCAAGCAAAAAGUAUAUAAUAAUAUUAAGGUAAAACAGAAAGUAAUUAAAACAGCUAAAGUAAAAUCUAAAGACUCAUGACACAAACUCGCGCGCAACAAAAAAAAAAAAACAUGAACAAAGAAAACAAUAAAAAAAGGUGUUCGUUGCAAAUUGUUUGCCGUUACUACCGUUGUUCUUGUUGUUGCACAAUUAAUAUAGUGUUUUCAAUAAUAACAGGCGAAUUAAAGCAUACGCAUAUCCCAUUAGUCAUACAUGUGUGUGGUACAUGUGUUUGACCAACGGGUUAAUGGCUCUUCCCUACACAGUAGUAGCUGCGGUGGCAGCACGACAUGCGACGUUGCUGCAGCAAUAACUCUAUCAGUAACAGGCGCGAAGUGUUGUAAAAAUAACAAUUAAACCUUAAUAAAAUUGCAUGUAAAAAUUAUAAAUUAAGAUUAAAAGUACAUUAAAAAAUUACGAAAAAGUGUUUAUAUUAUAAUAAACGCGUGAGUUAAACGCGGCAGGUACAUGAAUCCCUGCUGGCUCAGAAACAAAUUUAAUAAAAUUAAUUUCAACGAGAAUUAAAAAAUAUA